AUGGCAUACACUUCAUACUUUGAAGCAUUGGAAGAAUGUCAGCUAAGUUCCUUGGAGUAUCGCAGGCUCUAUAAUGAUUUGGUCUACACGUAUAAAAUUAUUGUUUCCAAAGAAAUUAUCAUGGAGGUUCCAAUUUUCGAAAUAUUUAAUCAUGCUGGAUCAUUGCGACGUCACAAAUACUAUCUCAAAUCACUUAUCAAAAACUCAACAAAAAUAUCUUCUCAAUUUCUCUUUUUUCAAAAAUCGACUAUUAUCCUGUGA